UUUGAUUCAUUAAGUGUAGAUGUGUUUAUGUAUAAAAAGCACAGGAUUGUCUUCGAUGACAUGCUUCAAGCCAGUUUUCUGUAUUAGUAAAGAUCAAUACAAUGGCUACGAUUGAAUCUAGGUUUCUGUUUAAUCUGAAACGAAGUACAAAUGUUUACAUUGAGCGUGGUAUGAAAAGGUCCAGAUAUGAAGACGACUCUGGAACAUUACACUUGGUUCAAGACAGUGGGCAGAAGGCGAACAAGCUCCCUCGAUCUGAGGUUGAAAAGAUUAUUUCAGAUAAGGUUGUGAAUGCAGUCGAGCAGUCUGACUACAAGAUGAAGAAUCUGAUGGAGAGAAUCGGUGAGGUGAAUGGUGAACCCAGAUACAAUGCCAGAAUCAAGAAACUGGAAGCUCAUGUAAGGAAGAUAAAACGAAGGGGAGAUGCCAUAUUUGCAUAUAUCAGAAAGUUCAGAUCCUUAGGGAUUUCUCAGUCUCCUCCUCCUUUAAGUCCUCCUCCUGUGCAGCCACAGCGAUGCAUCUCUCCAGCUGAACUAAUAAACAAUAUAUCCAGAAAUUCAGUCAAUGGAGGGUGUUUCAGUAACAACGCUUCAGUAUCCUCCGCAGACAAUGAUUGUGAGAUGACCACAUUGAGAAGACCAAAAAAAGGGUUCUGGCAGAGUUUGCAGUCUAAGAAUCAGGUUGUUGACCUUACAGAAGAAGACAGAGCAGCCAGACUGAAUGAAGAGAGCCUGGUUACCCAACCAUCGGCUCAGAAAUUGGAACCUUCGAAACCAGAACAAUCAAAACCCUCAAGCACACCACCUAUAGCCAUUAAAGAAGAAAAUCAAAGUGUUAUGGAAGAGGACCGUGUCAGUUCUUCAGUACAGUUGGAAGGGGAGGACUGGCACUCCAAAGUCCAUCCAUUCCCAAACACUCCAUUUCCCAAAGAGCUUCCAGUUAUUGCUGCCUCUUAUAACUUGCCCCAGAAGCCAAUGGUGAAACUAGCUCGGAUUGGAAGCGCACAAGAAUUAGGCAUCGCGUGGAACGUUGAUCGGAAAGAUCCACAUGUAGCAGAGAUGGAAUGCUACUACAUUUAUGUUUCCCAUGAACAUAAAAACGGCACUUUUUCAGGAUGGAAGUGCCUUGGAGAGAUCAAAGCCAUGCCUCUUCCUAUGGCCUGCAAGGUGUCAGACUGCAAAGGAGAUAAACGACUGUGCUUUAUCGUUGUGGGGAAGGAUAUAUUUGGCCGUUAUGGGCCGUACAGUGACAUACGCACUGUUGCACCAGGACAAAUGUGAUCCUGGCAACAUUUCUCCAGUGUGUAGAAACUUUUGUUCAUAUAAGGUUUGAAGGGGUAUGAAUGUUACUCUUUAUACUGCAAUUUGGAGUAUUUAAUUUAAGAUUUCAAUUUCUUAAAAGAUGUUGAGUUGGGUACAAAUAAAGUUAAAGCUGCUGUUUUUCCUUUUUUUUUUUGUUGUUGUUUUUUUUUUUCCUCUGACGAAAAUAUGUUUUUUUUUUUUUAAGUAUCAGAGAGCCCUGAAAGUCAUUCUUCUUAUAUGAAUCUCACUAACACAAUAGUAUUAAGAAAGAAGCUGCUGUAUUGUAUUGUUUUUAUUAGUUAUAAAGUUGCAAACCGAUUUCAUUUGCCUCUGGUCUUCAUAAUAUGAGGUUUUCGGUGGUAUGAGUCAACAAAGCAAUCACUAGCCAUAAUAGACAGCAGUGAAAUCUGAUUGUUAACGUCUAAUGUAAGUGGCAGUAAACCAUUUCUGAGACAACAUUUGUUUCCUGUAAUGACUACAUUUGAGGAUCCUACU